CUGUACUCGUAUCCUGUAAGCGAUCGGAGUAACUGAUACGAAUCCUAAGUUAAAAUUCGUAAAUUAAAACGUGUCCAGUUCAACUUUCAGAUUUGACAGAACUGUACCGACAUGCCACACCGUUUGUUCUGACUUAGUCCUCAUGGAACGCAGAGAUCUACUGCGGUUCAGACACUGCGGCCUAACCGUCUACGUGCUGGAUGAGUCUGCGGGUCCUGCGUUAUUGCUGUGCCCGCUGUGUGGCCAGGCGGUGCGGUUCAGCCUGACGGAGGCUCCGGUCCGGGUUCGGACCCCGGUCCGAGACGGACACCGAGCGGCCUGCAGCUUCCUCAUCACGUCCCAACACGGAGUGGCCGGAUUAAGUGAAGAGAACGACUCAGAGCUUCAUGUCGGCAUCUCCAGCUCUCGAGGUUUGGUGUUCAGCUACACAGAGUUGGGAGUCCAGUGUCAAAAGGUGGGAUGGGAGCAGAGCAUUGUCGUUCCUUUGUUGUCCCCUGGUGACGAUAGCCUCAGAUUUAGGACACUGUGGGACAAACAUCUGGAGACAUUUAGUGGUCUGAACAUCUGGACGGCAGACAGGUUUCAGGAGCAGCGGGAGUUUGGGAGUUGUUGUUAUGGUUUUGCUCUGAGCUUUGUCAACAAUGUGAUGAGGUCAGAGGGCAAGGGGCUGAUCAGCAGAGAACAUUUCACCUCUCAGUAUGUCCUACCUAAGAUGGAGAUGGCCUCCAGAUAUUUGUCAAUGUACGAGCACAUAUGUCAGCACAGAUACUACUGCACCUCUCUCAUGGUCUGAUCUACCUAACCCCUUUGGUCCCUACAUUUUUUACCAAGAACCUCAAACUACCGAAUGGGUUUCUGUGUGACUUUUGCAGCCAUACCUCCUACAUUCAGUAAACUGCUCAAAGUGG